AUGAUUAAUCAUUAAUCAGAAUCUGACCAAGUGAAGACGAAAUCGAUUUCAGAUCAUUCUUUAGUGAAAUCUCAUACCCAAUCAAUUAAAGAUAUAGAUUUAUCGGUUUAUAGAUGGGCAAUUUUACUUUUGUACUACUUAGUUGUAUUGGUAAACGGCGUACCCUAUGAAAUUUGUGUGCCCAUAAGUUCAUUUACUGCCAAUAUAUACAAUGUAACAUUGGCUUUAGUUGCAACUGCCUCAACUGUAUUUAUGGUUAUGCAUCCAAUAUUGUCAUUUGUAGCUGCAUAAAGUAUACAAGAGUAAUCUAGUUAGCAAUAUCAAAUUAUGGAUGGGCGUCAGCAACUAAUUUAGGGGUUAUUCUGACGAUUGCAGGGUGUGCUAUUAAACUAUUGAUAAACCAAGCAGGGUACAUAAUAUAGAUGCUAUAUCUAGAUUUAUAGUUUUAAUAAUUGGUUAAGUACUGUGUGGAAUAGGAAGACCUUUUAUUUUAAAUUCCCAGGCAUCAAUGGCCAUGAGUUGGUUUCAUCCUAAGACUAGAAUCAUGAUCAUAACACUACUUAAUGUGGUUAAUACUUUGUCAUUGGUGGUUUCUGCUCAAUUGCCAGGAAUCAUCUUCAAGGGAUAUAAUUUAUAAGAUGAUACAGACUAUGAGAAUGGGAGAAGCAGAAUGCAAAGUUUAUGUUUACUUGAAUUUUACAUCAGUUUGGCCAUCCUCCCAAGUCUAUUGAUGUUGAGGAGCCGACCAAAGGAAGUUCCAGUGAAAAUAAACAAAAUCGAAAGAAAAAGAGGGAUGUUAAAAAUAAUGCUGAGACUGUUUAAGAAUAGGAACUUUGUUUUACUGUUCAUACCAUUUAGUCUAUACUUUGGGAUAUUAAAGGCUUAUUUGGUGAUUAUGGAACUCUUGAUGGCUCCCUACAAAUACAAGACCGAUUAAGUUGCUGGUGUUGGUAUAAGAGUAAUUAAUAUAACAAGUUUCAUUUCCAUUAAUUGGUGGGUUGA